AUGAAGAAUGAUCAGAUUUCCGCACACUUAGAUGCCCUCGGAAGCUCUCAAGAUCAGCUUGAAGAUCCGACGGGUGAUGUCGAUGAACCACUUAGGCUUCGAUUCCUAGCGCUUCAGGCAGCUGUUUAUCCCGCGCUCUUGGGGAACCUUGGGAUGCAGCAGGACGCUCAAUUCCAGCAAGCACGAAGUCCCGAUGAUCUUGAUGUAGCAGUACAGUUUUGUCAGCUUGCGGCUAAAGCGACUUCUUAUGUCGACUGUGCAGCGCAUCUAAAUCGUCUAGUGGGAUUAUUCGACUCUCGAUUCCAGGAGAGCAAUAAGCAGCUUUAUUCAAACCUAGACCCACGCUUAGACGCCCUCAAAAUCAGUCUCUACGCUCAAAGUCAACUCACAACCCUGAUGCCGGACUUGGUCGAUGAAGCUUUUCGGCAUGGCUUUCUAGCACUUCAGGCUGCCAUUGAUCCCGCGCUCCUCGACGGUCUUGAGACACAGUUUCAUAUACGAUACGCGCAAACAAAGGAUAUCGAGGAUCUCAACUUGGCGAUCGAGUAUUCUCGGCUUGCGACCAAGAUGACUACUUACAACCAUCCCGGCCUCAGUCCGCGCCUAAACCGCCUAUCGAAACUGCUCGAAUUUCGAUUCAUGUUAACGGGAGAUUUGCCUGAUCUUGAUAGUGCAAUUCAACUCACUUAUGCUGCAAGUAUGGCUACAUUGCCUGCCAGAGAUAAUGCUAUCAACGAUGACCUUAUACUGUUCUGGCUCAACAUCGGGAAGAGGCUCGGAAUUCGGUUUGGCGCCACAGAAAAUUCUGUCGAUGGCGAAGGUGCUAUCCAUUACCUUCGCCUAGCAGUUAAAGAGAUCACUGAAGAUUCCCUGUUCUACGUCGAUGUCUUGGUUGAGCUCGCUUUCACUCUCCGUCUCCGAUACAAGAAAUCGGAAAAUCUAGAUGAUCUCGAUCAAGCGAUUUCUCUAUGUCAACGGGUUUAUCAGUCUACCGUUGAGCAAGAUCGUAAAUGGUUAGAUUGCCUACGCGAUCUUGCAUGCGACUUGGGUUUCCGGUAUCAACGUGUCGGAAAUAUCGUUGACCUUCAUGAUGGGGUCAAGGUAGCUUAUACUGUGGCCUUGAAAGUCACAGUGGCUAGCCCUGAUGUGCAUGGUAUUUGCUUCUAUGAGCUCGGGGCUAUGCUUGAACUUCUGUAUGAAGCAGAAAACAAGAUAGAAUACCUCAAUUUUGCCAUUGACUGGUCUCGUAGGGCGGGGGGUGUACUCAGGGCACACAGAGAGGUUUUUUAUCUUCUCGAACGCUUGUUGAAGCUUCGUUAUGAGGAAACACACCAGGUCAAUGACUCCGAAGAAGCAGCCAGGUGGGCAGAAGAAGCAGCCAGGUGUGGAAAAUCAGUUUAG